AUGGUGCCGUGGCGUCCAUCACCAGUAGCUUCACCUCUGCCCAGUGGCGAUCAGGAACGUGGCGAGCAUGGGGAACAUGAAGCUGAGAGGCGGAACUCCCAGCACACAUCCAGUUCGUUGCCAUCGGAGCUCCCGCCGGAGAUGAUCCGAGGCACUGCCCUGGACGUAUGCCUCCGAUGGUGGGGUGCCAAUUUCUGGUCACGACGUAGCUCUGAUGGCUAUCGUCUCAGCCAAAGAGUCGGAUCCAUUGACUACUUCUUGAGCCAUGAUUGGGCCACAUCCCCGACUUCAAAGACGUUGGCUUUACUCUUGUUUUUCAAUGGCACUCCUGCAGCGCUCGCAACUGUGUGCAUCAGUAUUUUGUGUUGCGGGUUGCUCAUGGCGAAUCGCCUGCCAGGAGGUUGGCCAACAGCAAGUUUUUCAACACACUCCACCUUUGUUCUGGUUUUCUGUUUCUGGCAACGCGUUCGAUGCCUCCUCCGUUGUCGUGUGCCGAUCGUAUUCCUGGACCGUCUAUGCAUUGCGCAACAUGAUCCUGAUCUUAAACGGCAGGGGAUCUUGGGGCUAGCCGGUUUUCUGGCCAAGUCUGAACAACUUGCGAUCCUCUGGACGCCGCGCACAUUCUCCCGCCUUUGGUGCACGUUUGAGUUGGCACAUUUUCUAAGGCCGGAGGGAGGUGGAAAACCGGUGAAGAUCGUGCCGGUUGCCAUGGUGUCAUCAUUGCUUUUGAUCUUCAUCACCAACACGGUCUUCUGGGGGUUCUUUCAUGUAUGGCUGUUCAUGGAGGAAUGGGCAUUCAUGGGCGUGGAUUCUAGCAGUAUAUGGUUGGCAAAUUUGCUUGCUGGAGCAGUCCUUGCUCCCAUACUGAUCUUCUGCUGGGCGUUGCAAGUGUCCAUUGGGAUGCAGCACGCGCGCGACUUGUCGGGGUUAGAGGCCCAGAUGCAAAACUUCAGCGUUCGAGAGGCGGAGUGCUCAUGUUGCACAUUCAAUCACGUGGACCCUGCCACCGGCCAAGACAUCAUCUGCGACAGGCAAUUAGUCUUCCAGACCCUACGAAGGUGGUACGGCGGCGGAGGAGAUGAGGAUCACUUGGACAACUUUGAUGGUGUAGUUCACGCCCAGAUGAAGGGCUUUGUGAUGAAAGGUCUCGGCUCCAGCAUUCCGCCGGCUCGUUUCAUUCUAGCACUGAUGGUCGCCUCACCACUGGCGUUGCUGCCACAAUACAUCCACCUCGGCCUGCACCGCAUCAAGCCAUACAACCUGGGACUGUCAAAUGGGCAUGUUGACGAGGAAUGGAUCUUUUGGCAAUGGCCCGUCGCGUUCUUGCACGUGCCCGCCGUCACGCUCUUCUUCUUCUGGCUUGGCAUCAAUAUCCCGAGGGUGGGACUGUCAUUAUGUUCGAAACUGCGUAGGUCGACGGCUGUAGUGCUUCUUGUUGUCCUGAAGCUGCUUUUGCUGGCCUGCUUUUGGUUUCCAUUUUGCUAUUUCAGUUUGUCGAAGACGCCUGAUAGAUAUCUUGCGGUCUUCAUAUCGAUGUACGGACUGCUUCUCGGCUUGUACGCCUGGCAGUACAGAUCGGCGCUUGCAAGUUUUAAAGGCUGA